AUGACUGCCUCUUCGGCACUCGAGACCUCGCUCCCGCACUCUGUCGGGCCCGAGGCUGCGACCACCACAGCAAAGCCGCCCCGUGCGCCGCUCAGGAUGCGUCACCCCGACUACACUCAGACCGACGUCCUCGAUUCGUCGGACUCGGAUGCAGCGUCGGAUUCUGAGGGCGAGACGACGGCGGUCGACGAUGGGACCUACGAGGACGACAACUACGUCCGCAAGGUCCUCAGCAAGGAGAAGCCGCUCCCGCCCAUCACCUGGAAGAACAUCCACCGCAACAUCCAGUGGAUCUCGACCCUCGCCCUCACCAUCGUGCCCCUCCUCGCCAUCUACGGAGCGUUCACGACGCCCUUGAAGUGGCAGACGGCGGUCUGGAGUGUCGUCUACUACUACUACACCGGACUUGGUAUCACGGCAGGCUACCACAGGCUGUGGGCCCACAGGUCCUACACCGCCUCUCUGCCUCUCCAGUACUUCUUGGCACUUGGAGGAAGCGGCGCAGUCGAGGGGAGCGUGAAAUGGUGGUCUAGGGGACACCGCGCACACCAUCGCUACACCGACACAGACCUCGACCCGUAUUCGGCGCAGAAGGGCUUCUGGUGGGCUCACCUUGGCUGGAUGAUCGUCAAGCCGCGCCGUCGUCCCGGUGUCGCCGACGUUUCCGACCUCAACAACAACCCGGUCGUCAAGUGGCAGCACCGCUACUAUCUCCCGCUCAUCCUCGGCAUGGGCUUCGUCUUCCCUACCAUCGUCGCUGGACUCGGCUGGGGCGACUUCCGCGGCGGAUUCUUCUUCGCCGGCGCCGCUCGCCUCCUCUUCGUCCACCACUCGACGUUCUGCGUCAACUCGCUUGCGCACUGGCUGGGCGAGACGCCCUUCGACGACAAGCACACGCCGAAGGAUCACUGGCUCACGGCGCUCGCGACUGUCGGUGAGGGCUACCACAACUUCCACCACGAGUUCCCCUCCGACUACCGCAACGCACUUCGAUGGUGGCAGUACGACCCGACUAAGCUCUUCAUCUGGACGAUGUCGAAGCUCGGAUUGGCGUCGCAGCUCAAGACGUUCCCCGACAACGAGAUCAAGAAGGGCCAGUACGCGAUGACGCUCAAGGCUGUCGCGCGCGAGGCCGAGAACAUCGAGUGGCCCAAGUCGUCGAACCAUUUGCCUGUGCUCACUUGGGACGAGUUCCAGGACGCCUGCAAGACCCGUCAGCUCCUUGUUGUCGCCGGUUUCAUCCACGAUGUCAGCACGUUCAUCGACCAGCACCCCGGCGGUGCCGGCUUGAUCAAGACUCGUCUCGGUCGCGACGCGACGACUGCCUUCUACGGUGGCUACUACGACCACUCGAACGGCGCAGCCAACCUGCUCGCCCAGUACCGUGUCGGUGUCAUCGAAGGCGGCUACGAGGUCGAGCACAUGAAGAAGUAUUCGGAGGUCGUCGAGAACCUCAAGAAGCACGGCGCCGAUGGCGUGGCCGGCAAGAGCGCCGACCUCGUCAAGGGCCCGAAGCAGACGUCGGUCAUCAAGGGCGACCCUCAGCUGAAGAGCGCGCCGCUCGAGACGCUCGCCAAGCCGCCCACCUUCAGCGAAACCAACCUCUUGGGCGGUCUCAGCCUGAAGGUCAAGGCGUAA